GGGAGGGGGAGAAUCCAAUCCGGUUUGAGCUAGUUUUUCUUCCAAUGGAACAUUAACGUCUCGCUGCGCUGUAUUAGACUGUACUCGCACAGCUUUAUCUAGAAUAUACCACUUUAUUUCUUCCUGUGUUUAGUAUCAUUCGGCUGUUUUUCUUUUUUUUAUUUGACAAAAUACCCCUCACAAACCAACCAUGCCUAAAAGGAGCAAAGCAGCUGCUGGAGGUGACUCAGCGCCCAAGAGGAGAUCUCUCAGGUUGAAAGAUAGACCUGCACCUGCAAAGGCAGAGCCUAAACCCAAGCCAAAGCAGAAGGCACCUGCUAAGCCUAAGAAAGCUAAGGAGGUGGAGAAGGCCAAGCCUGAGGAGAAAGCACCAGAGGCCCCUGCUGAGAACGGCGAAGCCAAAGCUGAGGAAGAGGCACCCGCUACAGACGGAGCUGAUGAAAAAGACGAGGCGGCAGAAUAACAUCACUCCAGCCUGUCUUUACCAGUGCUCCCUGUACCUCUUUUCUUGUACAAUUCAGGGGAAUAUUUUUAUCAACUAUUUUCUAAAUACAGGUUUUUUAGUAGUUUGAUUGUAGAGAACACUUUUUUUUUUUUUAAUGAAAGAAAAAAAAAAAGUCGAUUUGGACAUGGGAAAAAUUCAUCAGAACAAUUUUGCAUCACCAUAAGAUUUGCGAUCAUUGUCGUCACUGUCGGUGGAUUUCAUUAAGUUUUAAAUGUGAAGGAAGGGGGGUGGGGCGGGAGGGGUUAGCGGCGUUAAACACGGGAGCGGGGCAACAACCGGAAGAGCUUACCUGUGUGGAAUACAUUCCAUAUGCUUUUAUAAGGGACUGUGUGUGUGUGUGUGUGUGUGCGUGUCUGUGUGUGUGUAGUCUGUUCAGGGAUGGGGGUGAACAACAUCACGUUGCAACUCAUUAUUUUCUUGUUUAUAUUGAACAGUGUUUUAGAAUGUUUGUAAGCUUUUUUCCUAUUUGUUAACUCUUUUACUCAUGCAGUUUUCUUAACAAAUCAGAACAAUAAAUCUAAAAUCCCUAGUACUGGAGCUCACCAAUUCAGAAUUGUGCAUUGCAUGUCUUGGUUGUGUCUGUUGUGUGAUAGCAUCGCAAUAAAUUUGUAUAGCUGCUGGGAAGAGUUUUCAGUCUUUCCAUUUGUUGUGUGUAAUGGUACUUUUUAAGAAAAUCAAAUUUGUUAUCUUAGCCAAGCUAAAGAGGUAAUUAAACAUUAAAAGGCAAUCUGCAGAGACUGCUUGCGUAAAGAUCGGCAAGCAAACUAAAUUUAGCUGAAUUGUCAGUCACAAACCAGCAGUAGCAACUUUCAUGUGGGUCCUAGUAUCCACAUCAGCUGCAAUUGUACCGUUUCUUUUCAUUUGUUAAUAGAUGUAUGUGUAAUGAUUGUUAAACCAAUAAAAUUCAGUUGGUAGUU